GUUGGAACUGGAUGAUCUUUAAGGUCCUUCCCACCCUUAACAUUCUGUGAUUCUACUACCUGUUGUUGUUUCACCAGUACUGGUUUAUUGCCUGCUGAGCAGCUUUUCAAAAAGUUCUCUACUAAGAAAGGCACCGUGCACUUUCCCUGACAGCUCUUGGUCAGUACUGGAGAAAUAUUCUCGGUAAUUCGUCAUAUUUGUGCCACCAUGAAAGAAAAACGCUCUUUUCUUUGUACUUGGAAAUAAAGUAGUAGAAGGAGCAGGAAUUAUGUGUGGUUUGUAGCCUUGUAACUGCUGAGGAAGUGCAGUUAAAUAGAUGUAUGUGUGUGUAUACUUAGGUUUUUCCUUCUCAGACCUUGCUGAGAACAGACUUACACAGGUGGAUGUUUGCACACCGGGGGGUUGAGUGAUCCCACCAUAGCUGCAUGUUCUGCAAAUAAUCCAUUCCUGACUGACUGCUUCCAGACAGGGUUGCCUUGGAUUUAAUCUCUAUGAAAACAACAUUUUCUUUAUUUUUGUGGAGACCCACAGUGACUCCAGUAACUCAGUCAUCAUUUGAAAGCGUUGCAGCUACUGCUGGUCAUCCAGACUUUGUAUUCACGAAUCAGCCCCACUAGUCAGUACCAGGGCUGUUGAAUGUUCACAGCAAUAUUGUUUUCUAUAUUACCACUUCUUAAUGUUUAGGGUUUUUUCUUAUGUCCUGCACAACUGCCUGUGCUAAAACCAGAGUUUCCUUAUCAUAGUAGACCUGUGCUUCUUGUCUCUAAGACCAAAAGAGUUCAUCGAUCUGUUUUACAUCACUUCUUCAGCCAGGGAGAUGACAAGUGUUGAAAGCCAACAUGAAAGACAGUGAAUUAUUAGAAGGAUCAAAGGAAUUUUUACUUCCUGACCCCGAAGUUUGUGCUGUUUUUUGAGGAAUGCUGCUCUCAGUGUGCACUGUGAAGUUGCCCUGUGCUCUGGGAGCUACACAGGCGCCUGGUGAGGGCACAGCCAGUCAUUCUGAUGCUGUGGGGUUGAGGCUGAGUGCUGCCAAAAAUGUUGGCAGGCAUGUGCUCAUAUAUUUUAUGGCACAGCUAUGUCUCCACUGGAGGUUUCUGUCAGCAGUUGUCUUGGUAAGACAUUCCUAUCUCCACACUUCAGGCUGACGUAGCAAAAGUGACAGAAAUCUGUAGCAAAGAUCUGACCUGAGAGCAGCAGCCACAGAGCGAGGUGGGUUUGGGCAGCUGUGAGAGCAGAGUCACUGUUCUGUUUUGCCUCUUUUGAGGCACAGUCAAACUGUGCUGCUUUUUUGAAUCCUGCUUUUCAGGAGCACAUUUUGCAGCAGUUUAGCUGCUGUUGGCCCGUUACUUUUUGAGCCAGAUCAUAUCCAUUAUGCCAGCUUCUUUUCAGAUCCUAAGAAAUCAUUCUGUUCUUGGAAAGUAUAUUGGCCUGCAAACCAAACUUACCUUUCUAAAGCCUGUGACCUGCUUGAGUAAGUCUUUGAACACUAAACAGUUUGUAGGUCCCCAAGAGAGAAGGAACCUAUAAUGCCUCUGUUGUCUGGGUUGGAUAUAAGUUCUGUUUCCCAAUCAUUUACUGAAUAAAAGCACUGAGUAAAGUUAUGUAUUGCUGUGUGUGUACAAAUCUAACUGUUUACAUGUUCUGUACUUGUUGCCAACAGCUGACAAGAAAUAUUCCAGCAUUCUUGGCUCCUUGGAGGUUUUCCCAGUGUGCCUUUAGAUCCUCCAAAUCAGAACUCAAGCCGAAUCUUUCCAGUGAUGGAGUUGUCUGUGCUCCACUUCACACAUUCACUGAAGAGGAGACAAUGCUGAAGAACAUGGUGACAAAAUUUGCUCAGGAACGAGUGGCACCUUUCGUGCAAAAAAUGGAUGAGAACUCAAAAAUGGAGGACUCCAUAAUACGGGGAUUGUUUGAACAAGGGCUGAUGAGUAUUGAGCUUGGGGAAGAAUAUGGAGGAACUGGAGCUUCAUUUUUUUCAACCAUAUUGGCAGUAGAAGAAUUGGCCAAAGUUGAUCCAGCUGUGUCUCUUUUAUGUGAACUCCAAAACACACUAACAAAUAAAUUGUUUACCACAUAUGGAACAGAAGAACAGAAGAGAACUUACCUGCCCAGAGUGGCUAAAGACACAAUAGGCAGUUUCUGUCUUUCAGAGGCUGGGUCUGGCAGUGAUGCCUUUUCUCUGAAGACUCGGGCUGAGAAGAAAGGAGACUACUAUGUUAUCAAUGGCUCCAAGAUGUGGAUUAGCUUAGCAGAAGAUGCAGGAGUUUUCUUUGUGAUGGCCAAUGCAGAUCCAUCCUCAGGAUACAGGGGAAUUACGUGCUUCAUAGUAGAUCGCGACACAGAGGGACUUCACGUGGGGAAGAAGGAGGACAAGCUGGGAAUCAGAGCAUCUUCUACCUGCCCAGUGACUUUUGACAACGUGAAGGUUCCUGAGACCAAUAUCCUGGGACAGGUUGGACAAGGCUAUAAGUAUGCCAUUGGAAUGCUCAAUACUGGCAGGAUAGGGAUUGCUGCACAGAUGUUAGGCCUGGCACAGGGCUGUUUUGACCAUACAGUUCCAUAUACAAAAGAGAGAGUCCAGUUUGGGAAAAGUGUCUUCGAUUUCCAGGGGAUGCAGCACCAGAUCGCCCAGGUGGCCACGCAGCUGGAGGCGGCGCGGCUGCUCACCUACAACGCGGCGCGGCUCGCCGAGACCGGCCGGCCCGUCGUCAAGGAGGCCAGCAUGGCCAAGUACUACGCUGCUGAGGUUGCAACACUGACAACUAGUAAAUGUAUCGAAUGGAUGGGAGGUGUUGGAUUCACAAAAAAUUACCCAAUAGAAAAGUAUUAUCGUGACUGCAAGAUAGGUACAAUAUAUGAAGGAACCUCAAAUAUCCAGUUGAGCACCAUUGCAAAAAUCUUAGCACAGGAGUACUGAAACCAUAAGGACUACCUUGACUGUCAAAGGAAAUUAUUUCCCUGAACGCUCAUUGUGAAUUACCCAUUUAUUUGUAAAUACAAAAAGCAUUAAUGACAUCAUAAAUAAGAAUACAUCAUCACAGAUGAAAUCAUAGGGAAAACCAUGAAUUCCCCGUUUCAGGACAGUGAGUAAUUCACGUGAAAUCCUGAGUUCCACGUUCAGAUCCAAAGUGUGGGUUAUAAGUAUAUUUUUUUUUUUCUGCCUGAGAGACUUCCAAGAUAAUUCCUUGGAUUUAGUUACCUUAGGUUAUGGAAGCAGUGCAUCUCCACUGGGGGAUUUCAAAGUGAAAACAAAGGAAGCCAAAUCCUUGGCAUAACUAGUGGGAGAGGUUCUGUUAAGCCCCCUGGGAGGAAGGGCUCUACAGGAGAGAGAGGAGCAGUGGUUUCCUCUCUCCCAGCUGUGGAGCUGCUGUAAUUGAAGUAAUUUUUACAGCAGCCCUUAGUGUGUUCUUAAGGAUAUCUUUGUAAUUAAGCCCUUCCAGCCCCAAUUUGUACUCCUGAAAGGUGGAUAAUAUCCACCUCCCUUCCCAGCCUUCUCAGCUGUUAAGGGUUUUAAUCUAAGAGGCUAUUUAUAGUUCUCCUUUCAUAAAAGGUUGAGUUGAAAUCUUUCUGAAAUGGGGUUAAAAAAGCUCUAGUAGUUCUGCAAAAAGACAGAGAUAUAAGCUGGGUAAUAGGAGUGCUGUGAUACUACCUCACAGUGGCCUUUCCAUGUUCAAUGCAUUUUACAAGCAUGAAGAUCAGAUCCUUCCUGGGAGUUAGGGAGGCACUGUUAAUUUGCAGCCUGGAAAACUUGCUCCUAAAGUUAGUGGCUCUCCAGCAUAAUUUUUCCCUUUUUCAAAGACAUAAAGGGGCAGGGGGAUGGGAAGUAUUUGGGUUUUUUUAUUCCUCUCUGUUUACUUUAAAAUUAGACAUUUUAUUUACUGCAGAAACCUCUUCAGUGCUGGAGAGCUAAUUAACUAAUAAUCAAGAGACAGGAAGCUUAAUAUAUGAAAAAUCAUCCUAAUUGCUGUAAUUGGCAAUCUGUUUCAAGUGUUUUGGGGAGGGAAGGGUUGGUUUUCUGGUUUUGGCUGACUUAGAAGAAUCUCAUUUUUAAAGCUGCUGCUCACUGAUGAUUCACUUCGAGUGGAGCUUAGAAUGUUACAGGCUGAGACUCCCAAAGGAUUUUUCUGGCAAAACUGGGGCAAAUGACACUUAGCAAGUAGGAUUUGUAAAACAGGCAGAUUGCAGUGCCUUACACAAAGAAACCAGCAAGGAUGAAAAGCACCAUUAAAAAGUUUUCUGACUUUCUGUCGGCUUCAAAGGGAACCAACUAAUUUAGUGAAUUAAUCCCCUCAUAUGCACACUUUGCCUGUCGAUAGGCAAGGAAUUACUGUGGUCAUUGUCCUUAUGCCAAUAAAAAAGCCCCUCCCAAAGCAGUUCGAUCAACAGCUUUGAGAUUUUCAAAAAUACAAGAGUAGGAGGGUAGACUAAAUGGUUUCUGAAGUUUUCUUCUAGCAUCAUCAUUAUUAUUACUGUUGUUAUUAUUAUUUUAUUUGUUAUUAUCAUAAUGAUUGAUGCAUUUCUGGUGGUUUGCAGGCUUUCUUUCAUAGUCCAGGAGACAACCUGAACAUCCUCAUCAGCUACUCAACAGUUCAUUUCAGAAAAGCAAGGUCAAGCCUUUUAACUAAUGUUACAGCUGUAAAUAUUUCACAUCUCUCGGUCAUGUGUGAUGUAUUUUGUACACAGUUUUGAAAGAAAUGUAUGUCUUGUAUUUGAUAUUUAUUUACAAAAUUCUGUGGAGGAAUACGUGCGCAAAUCUAUUUUAACCUCUGAGUUUCUUUCAUCAUUGUUGUAAAAGGACAUGUGGAGAGCAUUGGCUGUGCUGGUCACUGAUUCUGGGAAGAGUUAGAGAACCACAGAGUGGUUUUGGCUGGAAGGGACCUUAAAUCCCAUCCAGUCCCAACCCCUGCCAUGGGCAGGGGCACCUUCCACUAGACCAGGUUGCUCCAAGCCCCGUCCAACCUGGCAUUAUUUCAUCCCCUUAACUCUAAACACAGAUGUUGGUUUAGCAAUGAGAAGUGCUGUGCUUUGUCCAGGGGCUGUUAAGAGCUGCCUGUGCUCCCCAGCCCCUCUUUGGUUCGGGACAGGCAUUUAUGGAUGGUCAUAAACUGCAUUUCUACAUUCGGCACUGUGGGCACAAGCUGUAGAGCUGGCACUGGGAAUGCUGUGAGGCUUUCUGUGCUAGUGACAGGGCUCAAAGCUGCUUUAUGUCCUCAAUAUGUAUUUAUAUUAGUGAAUUUUCCCUUUUUAUGCCCUCAGUCAGCCCAGCUGAUCCAGUCUGUUGUCCUGGAACAGCAUCUUCAGUAUGAAACGUCACAUAUGAGCUUCCCUGGUUAGAAGAAAAGACCUGUAUUGAGGAUGUAUUGAGAAGUGCCUGAAUUUUAUUUUUUACUUGAUACAAUACUAAUCUUGUGUGUUGGGUCAUGGUUCUCUAAUAAUCUGUCAUUUAAAAUUUUUACCAGAUCUUGCAGGUUUUUCACCAGGGGAGAGUGACUGUAUCAUCUGUCAGGUUUUUCUACUUCUGUUCUGCUUGGUAAUCAAGAUCUGAGGCAGAUUUCUGCAGAAGGGUUUAAUCACUACUUGGGAGAUACUCAAAUACAACAUUUUAUAUCAUGUUUUC